AUGCGAAUUGCAGAAACUGCAGAAAAACUGCUGGUGAAACACUUCCCCUGCAAGCUGGCUGCGGUUGGCAGAUGCAAAAGAUUCAGAUCCGAAAACGAAAACACACAGAAUUCUUAUCACCGUUCCCCGCUCCCACCCACAGGUCGCCAGGUUGUGCAGUGUCAUUCUGCUAGCUUCCAAUGUCCGUUCCCCUCUAGACAACCCAAUGACAAACCGGCCGUAAAGGAGGAUAGCAUUGAUCGCCAGGAUCUGGUCCUGCACAAAGUGGGCAUUGUGGCUCUUCGGGAGACCCACAUUUCCUAUUUGGACAACUGGAUUAGGUGGGCGCAGCAUGCAUGCUUUAAUGGAGCGGACGUCCAGAGACAGACUGAUGAGACGCCGGAAUCACUUCCACCUUCGGAACCGACGUCGUGGAACGAGUUACCUGCGCCCGUAAGGCGUAACUGAUCGUCUCAUGGCCAUGAGAUUGUCACUCUGUGGGAACAAAUUUGUCAUAAUCGUCAACUCUCAUUCCCCAAGUGACCAACUCCGAUGACGGGAAGGACAGUUUUUAUAAAGAUCUGCACGCCGUUCUAACGACCUUGUCGAAGACUCGAAGACUGUUGGUCCCCGAUGACUUCAGUACUCGCUUUGGAACAUGCCAUGCCGUCUGGAAAGAGGUGCUCGUGAUCGGCAGCUGCAAGAGUUGCAGAGUUUUCUUCCUGCAGGUCAGUGCGGAACUCAAUCUUCCCCUGACCAAUACCUCCCGUCCUCCUAAUAGCUAUCGCACUCUGUGUCAAAACGACAAGACGCGGACUGCGGCGCUGUGACUAACAAGGUUAAACAGCCAGUCAGUGCGUACUACACAGGACCCCGUCCCCAGUCCACGAACAAAGCAUUAAGAUUUACAGACCACCAAACCUUCCGAGUGGAGCUGAUGAGUCGCUCAUUGGUUUAGUCAAAUACGUAGCUAGCCACCAAGAAGUACUUAUUGCUGGGGAUUUCAAAGCACCUGCAAUAGAGUGGGAAACUAUGGCAGUUAAUGGUGGACCGGCCUCUUUCAGCAAUAAGCUACUGGACCUCACACUCUGGCGCAACAUGUGAAAGUACCAACAACAUUUCGAGAGAACCAGAGAGCAAAUUUUCUAGACCUAGUUUUCACUAAAGACUUCUCUAAUAUCGACGAAGUGUAUUUGAAUGCACCUCUCGGGAAAAGUGACCAUACUACGCUACUAUGGGAUUACUCGCUCUUCUCUAAACGCCAGAAGAGAAUCGAGGGCCAACCUAAUAUCUGGAAGGCAGAUUUUAAUAUGAUGAAGAACGAAUUGCUGUCCGUGAAUUGGGACCAAAUACUCAGGGGAGAUUCCGAGGACGACUGGAUAUCUUUUAAGACGAUUUCACUCGAUCUGAUUAGGCGCUGUUGUCCAACUAAAGCACAAAAAACAACUAGUCGACCUGCUUGGUUAACUAGGGACCUAAAUAGGCAGCUACGGAAGAAAAGCAAAAGAUGGAAAAUGUUCAGGGAAACUGCGUCACCAGCGCAUUUCGAAGAAUUUCGUCGUCAACGAAAUGCCGUCAAAAAUGUAUCCGUCAGGCACGGAAGGAGUAUGAAUCCGAAAUUAUCCGACAGGCUGAACAGAAACCUAAGAUUUUAUUUCACUAUCUUAACAGUAGACUGAAAAAUAAGGACCCGGUCGCGGUGCUGAAGGAUGGUAAUCGUGUAGAGAUCACUGAGAACAGCGGGAAAUCCGAACACUUAGGACAGUAUUUUGCCUCCGUUUUUCCUAGAGAACCAGAGUUUCGCAGUCGCAGUGCUAACAAUGCUGUUGAGACUGCUGACCGCGUGCUUGACUCCAUACUGUUCCCGACAGCAGUCGCGCAGAAGGAGCUGAAAAAUCUCAAGGAAGCAAAGUCCUCGGGUGCGGACAAUAUACCGGCCAAAUUCUUGAAGGAACUGGCGAAUGAACUUUCCAAACCACUGGCUCACAUCUUCCGCUCGUCAUUCGAAUUAGGGAGGUCGCCAUUGGAAUGGAAGACAGCAAAUAUCUUUCCGAUAUACAAGGGCGGGACUCGCACUAAUGCUAACAAUUACCGGCCUGUUAGUCUCACCUGCAUCUGCUGUAAAAUAAUGGAGGCCAUAGUUAAGAAAGCAACUAUGGAGUUCCUGGAGCAGGCCCAUUUAAUCUCAGACCUGCAGCACGGCUUCAGACAGAACGGCUCGUGUCUUUCCAGUUUACUGCUCUCGACGGAGCAGUGGACUCGCGCACUGGACGAGGAUGGGAGGGUUGAUGUCAUAUACACAGACUUUAUAAGGCGUUCGACAGCCUCCCACACAAACGCCUAA